UUAGAAAUAACAAGACUGAGAUUCUACAUGUAAAAUAUAAAACUGCCUUUUUAAUGUUUUGAAAUAAUAAGGGAAAAAAGAUUGAAAUUAGUAUUUGUAAGAUACUUACCAUGUAUUUACUUAGCACACAGAUAUUGUCAAAUCUUUUUAGGGUUGCAUAUAAAAGGAGAAAAAGAAAAUUAAAACAAAAGAAAGGGGCCUCACUCAGGGCUAUAUAGUGAGAGUCGUAUAGAGGAAGAAGAAGAAGAAGAAGAAGAAUGAUGCUGCCUGGAAAUAUCAUACAAGACAUUCUAUCAAGACUUGAUGUGAAAAGUCUGAUGAGAUUAAGGUGUGUAUGCAAGACUUGGUUCAACCUUAUUUCAAGCUCUUCUUUUCAAGACUUGCACCGCUCUAGAUCUCACCAUAACCUCCUUUUCCUCUUCCGCUCCACCUCCUCCUCCUUUCACAAUCGCUUCUUUUUUUAUUCCUUUUGCUCCCUUGAUGUUACCGGCUCCUUGGGCGCUAGAUUCUCUGUCAAGGUCGAUGACCCUAUUAAGCUUGUCCUCCCUAGCUGCUCUGGCUUAGUUUGUUUCGCCACCGAUACCCGUAUUUAUGUCUGUAAUCCUGCUACUCGUCAGAUUCUAGCAUUGCCCGUCUCUCCCCAACGCACUUCCAUUGCAGGUUUUGGCUUCGGAUAUGUCGACUCAAUCAAGGGUUACAAGGUGGUUCGAUUAAUUCAUCGACCCAUCACCCACACGAUUGAAUGCUCUGUUUUUACCAUUACCAGUGAUCCCAAGAAUUCCAAUUCCAAUUCUUCUUCUUGGACUCUUUUGGACGAAGGCUGCCCUUAUUUGGUUGAGCAGUUCAGUUAUCCAGUUUUUGCCAAGGACUGCAUCUUUUGGAAAAUCAAUCGGAGAAGUCAUAGACAACUCAGGAGAAGUAAUGACUACAUAGUUUCUUUCAACGUCAGGGACAAUAAGUUCUCAACACUUACUCAUCCCGCGGAUUGGAGACACAUUUCCAGUCAUUUUACCCAGCUGGCAGAUCUUGGUGGGACGCUGUGCAUGGUAGAGAUUUCGACCUGCAGCGUAGUCAUAUGGGUGCUUAAAGAUCACCACAAUUGCUUUUGGCAUAAAGGAGGCUUGAUCGAUAUUAAAGGUAUUGACAGGAGACUUGUUGGAGAAGUGAAGUGCCUCAGGAAUGGAGAAAUUAUUUUCAGCUCUCUUGCUAAUAUUCUGCUUUUCUAUGACGUCAACCAGAAAAGGUUUAGACAGGUGACUCUUCCUGUCCGCGCCCUCGAUUUUGGAAUUUAUUGGGAAAGCUUUUUCUCCCUGGGACCUGCUGCACUAGUUUAGAUUUAUACCUCUUAUUAUGUUAUUAUAUAAUCUAUUUGCCUCUUUUUUUGAAAAAAAGAAUUUCACCACUCCUGUUAGAUCUUGGAAUAUAUAUAUAUAUAUACAUAUAGAUAUAAGUGCUUUUGUUCAUUAA